AUGGGGCUGUCUGCCGCCAACAGCCACCACCGGAGACGAAGUUCGGUGCUCACAGGGGCAGGCCAUUCUGCAGCACCGGUCUUUUCGGAGCGGAGGGAUGAAAGUCUCCGCGCAGGAGAGUGGGAUGAGCAGGAACCUUUAACGGCCGAGGACACAGAUGCGUCUGAAUUAUCAAUGACACCUAUAGAAACUCACGAGUUAGACAUGAGCUCAGAUGAAGAUCACUACGACGAGGAAACAGGUCUCACGGCGCAUCAGAAACGGCAGCGACGGCGAAGACGCAGGCAACGCAGGAAGUUAGAUGCUCGCAUUGCAGAUGGCAAGUCUUCGCGAUAUGCCAUCUUCCAGCUCGGUCUGGCUGAUCGCAAUGUUUUAAAGAGGCUACUUUCUAACUCUGGACUGAUCCUGUUGUGGUAUUUCUUCUCUUUGUCAAUAUCUAUUUAUAAUAAGUGGAUGUUUUCAGAAAACGAUACCGUCUUUCCUUUCCCUCUCUUCACCACAAGUCUACAUAUGCUCGUCCAGUUCACUUUAUCCGGUCUUAUACUUUGGAUAUUUCCAUCCCUGCGCCCUCAACAUCCCCCAGGUUCCCCAGCGAGAUCCCCGGUGGAUGGCUCGAAGCCAGAACCAGUGCUCUCCAAAUUCUUUUACAUCACCCGACUCGUACCUUGCGGAGCCGCAACUUCUCUCGACGUGGGCCUGGGUAAUAUGUCAUUGAAAUUCAUUUCCCUCACCUUCCUUACCAUGUGCAAAUCAUCUGCACUCGUCUUCUUGAUCUUUAUCAUUGCCACAAUGACGAUCGGUGUGGUAAUGAUGGUCGCUGGAGAGACUGCAUUUAAUGCCCUCGGUUUUUCGCUUGUCAUAGCCUCUGCCUUCUUUUCCGGUUUCCGAUGGGGUCUGACACAGAUUCUCCUCCUUCGUCAUCCGGCAACUUCAAAUCCUUUUUCUACUCUUUUCCUCCUCACACCUGUCAUGUUCUUUUCUCUCAUAUCUAUUGCACUCGCCGUGGAGGGUCCUGCUGAGAUCCGCCAAGGUUUCCUUACUCUCGCCGAGCAACGUGGGACUUGGUUUGGCGCCGGUCUACUAGUGUUUCCGGGCGUUCUCGCUUUUUGCAUGAUCUCUUCGGAGUUUGCGCUUCUGAAGCGCUCAUCAGUCGUCACAUUGAGUAUUUGCGGCAUUUUCAAGGAAGUCGUAACCAUUAGCGCAGCGGGUGUUAUCUUCCACGAUAAGCUUACAACGAUCAAUGUAACUGGAUUGGUUGUAACUAUUGGCAGUAUUGCAACAUACAACUACAUGAAAAUCUCCCAGAUGCGCACUGAAGCUCAAAAUGCUUCAUGGAGUCGUGAUGGAACCCCCGAUUCCGACAGUGAGGAUGGCGAGCCAAGUGGAGGGGAACACGGCGAAUACAACCGAGUUCCAAUCAUCGAAACGGAAUCGAUCAAGCCCAGCCCUGCACCAUCUGGUCCGGUCACUGAAGAUUUGCAAAUGGGUGACCGACGCUCGUUCCGCGUUCGUCCAGGUGGUGCUAAGCAAGGCCUCAAAAUAUCAACAACCAUUCCCGAGGACGAUGGCCCUUCAUCUCCCCUCAAAUCAGCCCCUCCAACGUUGACUAAAAUGGCUGAAACCGUUGAGUUCCAUUCUCAUCCGGCUCCUGGUCGAGACGGUUCACCCGACAUCAUCCCGCCUAUUCGAUAUCAUACCCCAGGUCCUCACUAG